UUAUUGUCGCUAUCGUCGCAUUUCAGAAACGUCAGUCACCUGCAUUAGUUCGUGGAAUUUUCUCGGGUGAUUUACAGGUCCUCUGCUUCAUGGGAGCUGGUCAAUAGAACAGAAAUAUGUUGGCAGCUACUUUGAACUAGUGAAAAAUGUGAAUAAAAAGUUAAUGGAAUGAUUUCUGGAAGAUUGUUUCCGAGAAUAGUUUUUUGGUUAAGCAAGAAAAUAUGCACGCACAAGUAAAGUGAAUAAAGUAUAUACCUGAAUGGUUGAAGAAAGUGGCAGAUUUAGGGUUCACACGAAAAAUGUUCUUAGUAAGAACGUGCUAAGGCAAGAGGCCUGUCCAGAACAUGAACAGUUCGAUCAGCUAAAUAAGGGAAGAAAAUUUUCCUUCAGUCACAGUGCGAUCGAUAAUUGUGCCUCUCCGAGCCAGCCGUUCCGGCAUACGUGUGUACGGAAAAGAUAGACGUAAAUCUCUUCAAGUUGCAGUCAGCAGCAGCAGAGGAGAGGGUUUCGUGUGUUCUUGGGAUCUAACUCAGUCCGGCCUGUGUUGGAAUGUUGUAUCCUGCAGUCAAUGGAGGAGUGCAGUGAGUUACUCAGCGUGCAAGGUGGGAUGUUGCACAAUGAUGCAUGGAACGACGAGGAGAGAUUGUGAGUGAGCGUGGAGGGUGGAAAGCUCAUGAUAGUGUUACUGUAGGAAAAAAAACGCGCGCGAGAAUUCGCGGAGGAUUUUUUAUACGUUGGCUUUAAAAAUGAGUCCUGUGUUUACAAAUAUUGCAAUCCGUCAGACCGAUAUCCCAGCUUAUUGGGAGUUUGUUUACGGUGCCUCAUGUGCGUGGGAGUGGUAAAUAGAAAUGUUCGGUUUUUGAGCGGCAGUUUAGUGCAGAAGGAAUGCAGAAGGAUUGUUUCGUGAGUUACAAAACAUUAGUGUCGUAAGGUGACUAUCGAAGGCUCGGUUUUAGAACUGCAAGCGUGUGCGUAUGCGUGAUUUUAAACUCGUUUGACCAGUAGGAAAAAGCAAAUCAACGCCACUAGGAAGGGAAAAAAUGUCUGACUUGAUGAUUACCAAUCAGAGCGAACAACUAAGUGACGAACUCAACUUUACCGCAUUCAUUGAUUUGUGUCGGUUCUGCUCGAUCAAGAGUGGACCCCGGUUGAAUAUCUUCGACAAGGAGGCAGAGCAGCGACAAAUAUUGUACAAAAUUCGAACAAUUUUGCCGAUAGUGAUCAACAAAGAAGAUUUCCUGCCAAAGAAAAUUUGCGAGCGUUGCGUUAAUAAUAUCGAGCAAUUCUUCGAAUGGCGAGCGAAUUGCGUACAAACCGAUGCCGUUCUGCGGAACUACGCCGAUUCGAUGAGAGUGGUGACGGCAACCAUUAAUUUCCAGGACGGAACCGUAAAUAUCGAUAAAAUGACACCGGCACAAAAGAAUGCCUACCUCGAGGCGCACAUGGCAGUUCAACAGCAGAUGAUGCAAGCUGCUCAGCACCUGCAUCAACAGCAACAGCAGCAACAACAACAACAACAACAACAACAGCAGCAACAGCAGCAGCAGCAACAACAACAGCAGCAACAACAGCCACAGCAGCAGCUAUUGACUAUUCCGAGUCACCAUCUUCCAAUACGCUCGGCGAAAAAGUCAAAGCUAAACAACCACGAAAGUCAGCAUGUGCAAUUUCAACAGCAACAGCAAAUCCAGCAGCACAUUGUUCAGGUACCACAGCAUCAGCAGCAACACCACAGCCAACAACAGCCGAACAAUUCGGUUUCCGUCACCACGACUACUGUUCCGAUUAGCAUAACGCACUAUGCGAACACCAUCAAGGUACCGCAGAUAAACACUAGCUUAAUAUCUACCUCCACCAAUACCAGCGCCACGGGCGGAGACAGCAGUACCUUCACUGUACCGGAUGACGUCGGUAUGGGUUUUGAAGGUGGAGUACGCGUUCUUCAAAGUUUGGGGAAUUGGUCUCCGGAGAUACCUCCGAAUAUUCCUCGACCGAACUUAAUUCCCUUUACAGAACCCUACGCGGAAGGUGGAUCGAUGCAUCCUGGCACGCGGUUGAAGGCACUCCAGCAAGUUCAACAGUCUUCGGCCAAAAAGAGUAACACAAAACCCAAACAUAGUAGUAGCAAUAAUAACACGGGUCCACCGAAGCCGGUCUUCGAGUGUACUAUCUGUGGGAAGGGUCUAGCUAGGAAAGAUAAACUUACAAUCCACAUGCGAAUACAUACCGGAGAAAAACCGUAUAUCUGCGAGGUUUGUGAUAGAGCGUUUGCAAGGCGAGAUAAGCUGGUGAUUCACAUGAACAAGUUCAAACAUGUCACUGCAACGAAUAUCGCACCGUUGGGCAAGCGCCAAAACCGUACGCCAACACUAGGUUUGAAAUUGAAAAAGGAAGAACCAAAGAGCGAAGACAAUAAACCGAUUCUGAUUGACCAUCAUGCCUUAGCGACGCAAACUUUAACCACGGUAGUUAAUAGCAUUUCGGCUCAACAGCAACAGCAGCAGCAUGGUCAGUCAUCGACACAGCUGUCCCAGGUGCCUUCUUCCGGACCAGGACAGCACGAACAGCAGCAGCAAUCGAGCGGGCCUGCCAUUGCAGGGAUGAGUAUAGCGCAGCAGCAGCAACAUCACCAUCAACUUUCGUGGACCUGUGAACUGUGUGGUAGGAUGUUCCCGAGUCGGGAGGAGUGGACAUUGCAUGCUAAGAGCCACCUGGAAUAUUGACAGCAACCUAGUGCCGUUGCAGUAGGAACAGGAAGUAGCGCUGACAGUAACACUAGCAACAGCAAUAGAGAAAAGAAUCUUCAAGCAUCGCAAUCGGUUGCUCUAAAUCAGACGUUCUACACCAGCAGCUCCGGCGAAGCCCAACCGAUUGCCCAUAACAUCAUAGUGCAGCAACCGCAGAAUAGUGCAAACUAUUGCUUCCUGUGUCGGCAGGAUUGUGGCAGCCAGGCGGAGUUCGCGGCACACAUACGAGGUCAUUUUGUCGAUGGAAAAAUUUCCGCUACUACUGUCGAUUCGGCAACACUUUUCACCAGGCACAUUGAUGUCAACGGCAGUGGAUAGAAGGCUUUGUUUCAGUCAUUUAAAAAUUAAGUAUUUGGAAAAUGACCUGUCUUUAUAAAAAAAUAUUGACAAUGUCAGCAAGCGGUUCCUAGUAUGAGUGUUACAUGCUACAAUGAUACUUUGUAAAUUUGGUUUGUUGGUCCUUCCAUUACGUGAAGCAUUUUGAGGUUAUAAAACUAGAGUAGCAAGAUAUUCGCUUUGGCGACCGUAUUUUCUAUUCUUGCCGCAAUUGUGAGUUUUGGUGCACUUUUGAAACCGUUUUGCCAUGUACAGUUCUGAAUAAUUAGUUAAAUACAAUUUCUAUUGGGCUUGCCAAGUUGCCGCCGUUGGAAUUAAAACUACAUAUCGAUUUGUACAGUGAUCUCUCGGGUAUUAGUUUCGUUAGGUAAUUUAUUUUGUAGAAUUAUUCGAGAAAAACAUAUUAUUGAAUUGAUCUUAAAAAGAUCAAACAAUUUGUCACCAUAGGAUGCCAUUAGACUAUAGUGUAACUAAAUCAAAACACUAGAAUGAUUUGAAUAAAAUCGUAUACUUCUAAACGGAAUA